UGGGAGGUGGGCGAAGCGUCUCCACCGCCAUUUCGCGGCUGUAAUGGCGGAGUUCGCGUUGGGCGGUGUGGUGACUCCUCAGGGCGGCGCGGGGAUGGCGAACGCGGGAGGAAUCAAGAGCGACGCCUUCGCUGACGCCGUUCAACGCGCCAGGAUGGUUGCGGCAAAGAUCGGCGUGGAGGCCAGCACGGGCCCACCUGUCAACACCACCGUGGGAGUGCUGCCUCCCCCCGCCGUAGAGGCUGCUAAUAUGUUCCCCUUCGUGGCACAGAAGCGGCCCAUGCUGGAGGACGUGGAUGGACCGGAGUGUAAAAAGUUUGCUGCGAAAAAUGACCCCAUCGGUGCCCAGCUUGCAGCAAUGGUGGCGCAACAAAGGUCACAAGUGACAGAAGAAUUUAAAGUGCCGGACAGAAUGGUGGGACUCAUCAUCGGCAGGGGAGGUGAAAACAUUUCCAAGCUACAGAAUGAGUCGGGCUGCAAGAUUCAGAUCUCACCUGACAGCGGAGGCAAACCGGAGCGUCCCUGCUCCCUCACUGGAACGCCAGAAGCCAUCAGGGAUGCCAAGCGCCUCAUUGAGCAGAUCAUUGAGCGCGCGCGGGAUGGCCCCGGCUCUCAGGCCGACCCCAACAACAACGGUGGUGGUGGUGGCGGCGGCGGCGGCAUUGGGGGCGGUAUUGGGGGCAGUGGUGGCAACGGCCCGCCGGCUUCGGCGGCACCGCCGGCACCCUCCUUUCAGGAGCUCAUGAUUCCCGCGGGCAAGGUUGGGCUGGUGAUCGGCAAAGGUGGCGAGACCAUCAAGCACCUGCAGGAGCGUGCGGGGGUGAGGAUGAUCAUGAUCCAGGAUGGACCCAUGCCCACAGGCGUCGACAAGCCACUUAGGAUAAUGGGGGAGCCUUACAAAGUUCAGCAAGCGAAGGACAUCGUGCUGGAGCUGCUGAGAGACAAAGAUGAGUUUGCGCCCGGGGACUUCACCAACCGAGGGGGAGACAAUGUGGAGGUACCUGUGCCCAAGUUUGCCGUGGGUGUCGUUAUUGGCAAGAGCGGUGACAUGAUCAAGAAGAUUCAGAACGAGGCCGGAGUUCGCAUCCAGUUCAAGCCAGAUGACUCCUCGUCCCCUGAUAAGAUGGCUGCCAUUAUGGGGCCCCCCGAGUGCUGCCAGCAUGCAGCGCAGAUGAUCAACGACCUCAUCCAGAGCGUGCAGAACGGGCCACCGGGCGGGCCUGGAGGAAUGGGUCGUGGCCGUGGCAGGGGUGGCAGUGGCGGCGGUGGUGGCGGUGGCUUUGGACGCAACGAGUGGAUGGGUCCCCCCGGGGGAAUGCACGACCAAUUCAACCUCACAGUGCCCACCAACAAAGUAGGGCUGAUCAUCGGCAGAGGUGGAGAGACAAUCAGGAACAUCAACCAGACGUCGGGUGCCCGCGUGGAGCUCCAGAGGAACGAGCCGCCCAACGCUGACCCCAACUUCAAGAUGUUCAUCCUGCGCGGGUCUCCGCAGCAGAUCGACCAUGCGCGCCACAUGAUCGACAGCAUCAUCCACGGGGGCCCGCCUGGCCCGCCAGGUGCACCUGUCGGCCCAGCUCCCUACCCCCAUCCUGGCCCAUACCCCGGCCCACCUGGUCCCCCAGGUCCUCACGGGCCAUAUGGACCCCCACCCCAACAUGGCCCCCCUCCUCCACAGCCGUACCCCAACCCUCAAGGCUGGCCCGGCCAGUAUCAGCCUUGGCAGCAACCAGGCGCUCCUCCAGAUCCGAACAAAGCGGCGGCGGAUGCAAAUGCAGCGGCGUGGGCGGCAUACUACGCACAGUACUACCAACAACAGCCUGGCCAGCAGCCCCCGCCAGCCCAGCCGGUGCCGGCCGUGCCACCUGUUCCACAAGCUCCCCCUGUGCAGGCUGAUCCGAACCAAAACCCUGGCCAAGCUGCCCAGCCCGACUACACCAAGGCAUGGGAGGAAUACUACAAAAAAGUCGGGCAGGCUGGUGCUGGCCAGACUGACUAUACGAAAGCCUGGGAAGAGUACUACAAGAAGCAGGGCCAAGCCGCCCAGGCGGCUCAGGCGGCCCAGGCGGCCCAGGCUGCCCAGGCGGCGCAAUCGGCGCCGCCGGUGGCCGCUCCGCAGCCGGACUAUUCGGCGGCGUGGGCCGAGUACUACCGGCAGCAGGCAUCCUACUACGGGCAGGGGCAGCUCCAGGGCCCGCCCGGCUCCGCGCCCGUCACAGGCCCACCCGGUGUCGCCGCCGCCGCCCCCUCGUCGCCGGCCAAUCAGCAGCCUCCCCCGCCCGGGCAGCAGGCACCACCGGGCCAGUAGAUUUUGGGGGCGUUGCUGUUGGCUGAUGUGCGCGCCGUUUGGGGAUUGCAGUUUUAUACAAAAAAUAGAAAGUGUACAAAAACAAACACCGCACACCUACACGCUUCACCAUGCUGGGGCUUCUCUCCUCCCUCAUCCCUUUCUCUGUAGAAAACAUCUGUUUGAAUAAAAAUGCAGUCGGGGAAGCCUUAUCACAGCACCGUUAAUUUUCAAUCCCCAGCGUUUGCUUCGUUCUCUUGUUAUCGGCAUUAUGCUCGGUGAACCAGUUGAGCAGCAUUAGGUUAUUUUUUGUGAUGGGGAAGGGACGGAUAAGGGGGUAAACGCGUGGGUAGUGCAAGAUACUGCUGCUUGCCUGUUCUUAGCAAUAGGGUUAAGAGGCAGCCCCAUCCCUCACCUCAAGUUUCUCUCCCCCCCCCCCCCCCCGUUUUGGUGGUCCCUCCACCCUCCCCCCUGUGAACUCGUCCAUUACACCGCGUGAUCCCCUAAACCCUAAUUCUGUUUUGGCAGUCGGCAGUGUUUUUACUGCAGUGCGAGGCACCGUCGAACGUGGUGUAGUAAAUCUGUGCGCGUAGGUUUUUCACGCCGACACUAGCUCCCCGCCCCCACGCCCAUUCGAUGCCUUGUCGGGUUGUGUUUAACUCGUUGCUGUUUGGAAACCCGACGUCCCCUCCCCCGCCGCCCCAUCAGUUUUUCUCUCGUGCAUUUAUUCGGUUCUUGAUAGAAGCUUCUCCCUGUCAAGUAAAGCAAAAACGGACGGACGUCGUGCCAACAGCACCGUGCGUGGUUGUACAACUACCGACGAUGCAACGUCUAGGAGACUAUGCAGCGUAAUCUUUUAGUGCACCCCAGGCCCCCACCCCCAACCUGUGGCGGACAGCACUGGGUUGUCAGGCACGGAUUUUUGAACCUUGGUUAAGAGUGGCUUUUUUUCUUAUUAAACAUUCCAACUGAAAUCCCGUUUUUAGUAAUACACAACGCGCGCAGUGUGCACACGCGCCCGCAUAGGACGCUGUAAUGGUUAACGCGCACUGCAUUUGCAAUCCAGAGGGUCGCCGGUUCGAUCUGCGAUCUCCCGACUCGGCGAUUAGGCAGGUCUGUGUGGGUGGAGUAAAGUGUGUGGGUUACUCCCACCUCUUCCCCAAGACGUGUUGCCAGCGUUGAGGAGUAGACCAAAAUACACCCGGUGGAAGGUGUCCUCCCCUUCCCCCUUUUGCCAGCAGAGGUAGCAGCAGGAAAUUGCAGGGCGCCCCACCUUUUACCUUUUUUAAUUUCAACUUCGUUGAGCAAUAGAGUAGCCACACAGGGGGGUUGGGUGGUUGCCCGUGUGUGCCACACGUCGCGGUAAUUCCACUCGGUUACAACACGGGGAUUUCUUUUGAGGUAUUUUUUUUGUAUUUAGGGUGUUAUUUUCUUGCCGAUUUCUUUUCAUUUCUCCUUCCCCCCCCCCUCCACGUCCUUGUCCAUCCAGCACCACCUCAACCUUUGACAUUUUAUACGGUGGGACAACAGUUUCAGGAAUGGCGCCAUGGGCGGGUGGGGGGCAGUCGCACCGCGCACCACAUCUUGACAGAGCGGCAGCACCGGUCACACAGACAAGGGCUGGGAGGUUCCGUAGCAAAAAAAAGAAUGUGACACGACUGUGUGUAUGAUGCGUUUUAUGUCGUUGAAUAAAUAUGUUUGUCCCAAAACAAACCCCGGUUUUAACCCCCCCGAGUCGGUGCUCGUUGGCGGUGCUGCGACUGUGUGACGUUGCGGUGUGUUACCUGCCCCCCCCACCACCCCCUGCUCCGUGCAGUGUGUUUGCGUUCUAUUAAAGUGAGGUCUCUCCCGUUUUCGUCUUUCUCUGCAGCGUGUUUUAAGUCAUUUCCAGUGCGUGUCUCCUGCCAUGCGAUGUGCCUUGUGCCUCUUUCCGAGGCCGUUUUAACGCGUAAAAGGUCUUUUUCCAUGCCGCUGCCGCCGGUUGCAAAAUUGGCCUCAAAAGUUUUUACCUUACCAUGUAUGUGUGCGAGCUUUUUUAAGAUUCCUACUAAGCUUUUGUUUGCCUUGUAAAGUCUAGACAUAGCUUGAGCAUUAUAUAUGCAGCACGUAUGUGUGCGUGUGUGAGCACAGUUUAUUAAGGAGCUUAAGUUUAACUCUAUUGGUGAAACGUUGGUGUUGGUGAUCUCACGUGUAGACAUUUUAUCACCAAAUCAGUCGUAAAAUUGGAUUGACAGAUGAUGUUCUCCUUUACAAGGACAAUGGGAUGCCUUGUACAGAGACGCAAGAGCCUCCUCGUGCCAAACUGCUGCAGGGACAUUUGGAGCACUUAAUUUAGCUUUGGGCGCAUGUAUAUGUUGUGUGGCUUAUCCGUGAGCUAUGCGAAGCCACUCCACCGUACCCAGCGAAAAGCCUAUGUUAAACGAAAGGUUUCCGAUAGCGUCAAUUAACGAGAGAGAUAUCCAUCGUGUCCACCAGCAUUGGGCUAUCCUCGAGGACAUUAACUCGUGGUCCUACAAGUAGAAUAAUGCACAACAAGUGGCUUGUCUUUGUACAGCUUACGAUCGCUCUCGUCCAUGGACUCGAGGAGAAAUGGGGUGGCCGCUUGAGUUGGAAAAAUUAAUUCUUGCCGAUUUCUCUGUAGACAAUCGAAUCGUGGUGGGCCCAACUCAAUGUGUAAAGAUUGUGGAGCAUUUAAUGUACUGUCAUUGGUCAUGUGAAGGAACUAGUAACAAUAAUUAUGUUGGUCCUCAUGAUUCAGGUAAUACAAACAGUGAAUUCCCCCAAUCUUAAUAGUGGACACCAGAUUGAAAUUCAUUGAUUUAAACUUAACAUGUCAACACACUCAUGUAGGAAAUGAUCAAAAGAAACGUGUGUUUCGCCUCCUGCUCAGCAACAUCUAAGAAACUACGCGGCCCUCAUGCCGAAACGUAAAUUGAAAAAGCUUUAUAUUAUGUUCCACUUUGCAAAGUGAUUCUCUGUUCGAACCCCGCCCGUGUGCCGCGAGUGUUUUUCCAGUGGAGGCAACGUGCUUGAAACAGGCGAUGAUGCCCCCCCCUUCCUCCUCUCCCCCACCCCCACAAUGGGUUAUCGGGGACUCUGUAGCCACAACUAGUGCAGGCUUUUGGCCUCUUUCCAGGUAAACUAAAAAUAAACUUUCUUAUUUUACCAGGUAAGGCCCCCUGAGCUGCUGUGUAUCUUUUAUCAGAAUCGACCUUGCUAUCACAAACGAUAGCAGCCCAACGUCGUGGGCUUUUCGUCGCUUUAAAAUCUAUAGCAGCGGCCAAUUGCUCUUUAAACACUUGAUGUUGUGACUUAAUGUGGAGGGAAAAACCGGAGGAUCCGGAGAAAAGUUCAGACGGCCGCAGGGAGAACAGGCGUCGGGGUCGGGAUCGAAACCAUGACCUGUAUGUACCAGGCAAGGGAGGUAACGUCUCGCCACUGUGGCUCCAAAUUUAGCUAUGCUACAUCCAUCCAAUGUUUGUGUGAACUUUCACACACCGUACAUAGCCGACCGUACUAAUUAAUCGGAGAUGUGAUGUUUUACUGUCUGCCGCGCUAAAAUCAGUUUUGUCACUCCGCUUUUUUGAGCGUCGAGCUUGGUUGCAGUCAUCGUCAAAAGUCUGGAGUUUUUAAUUCACGCCGGCGAGUAAUUUGUGCCUGUCGCUAACUUAAGCCCCAUGCACGUCUUUGGAGUAUUUGACGGGUCGCUCUGCGUCCCUUUUAACGUUUUGAAAACAUUGACGGCGUUAAAGUGGUUAUGCGUCGCGGCCGCUGAUUACAGUUGUCCAAUUCUACAGUUUUAAUUCGUGCCUCGGACUUGGUGUAAAGCGACGGACUUAUUUUAACACUCUGUGAUGCAUAUUUAGAUAAUUGUGACCGAAGUUCCAUGCUUAUUGAAUGCAUUUUGAUGCCAUUUUGUAGAAUUAUUGACAUGUUGGAGUUAUUUGCAGACUUUUAUGACUAAUUUCUCGACAAUGUCAUUGUGCUUUGAGUAUAAUGCCAUGCUUGUGACUGAUUGAAAGUGGCAGUAGUUUGCUUAAUAGUUUGAAUUAGUCACAGUAUUGUUUUGCGUGCAGUUAAUUGAGAAAAAUGCUACAGUUUUUGUGAAUUUUUACCUUACCACUGCUUACAUUAUUAGCCCUUUUGUAUAAAGUGUCUUGCCCAGUCAAUUUAACAUUAGAUAUAUUCACAUUUAAUAUUACCUACUAGUUAUUGCUGAAGUCAACAGUGUAUCAAUGCUUUGAUUACUAACUAUAGUCUUUAUUUUCUGUUUUUAUUUCGUGUUUUUUAGGGAGGUGAGUAUCAUAGCUUAAUUUACCCCCACAGUAUUUUAAUUUGGUAACAAAGGCCACUAAUGCUUUUGUUUAUGUGCCCUUAAAUUGAUGACAUGCAUUCGAUAAUUUGCUGUUUUAAUGCAGGACAGUUUUUGAAACGUAUGCAUGUGCACUUAAAAUUUCAGAUUUUGUUUACAAUAUUUUGGAAUCCUGUGCAUUUUUUAGUAUUCAAUAUAAUGUAUUCAUAUAUACAGCAUGCAGUGCAAUCGUAGUUCCAAUGUAUGCUUUCUCUUAUUCAGAGAGUUUAAUUUUGACGAAUGUAAUAUUUUCCAAAGUCUUUCAAAUGCAUAGUGCUAAUUUCGUGAGAACAGUAGUACGUUGUUUCAAUGCCUAUGAAAGUAGAUAUUGUUACACUAGAAAAAUGCUGUCGUCAGCGGAAAUCGUACAGAUUAGUUUAAUGCUGUUGCCUGUGAUCGGUGUAAGUAAAACAUUUUUACGCAAAGUAUAUCUUAAAGAAAAGUCGAAUUCCAGUAACUGCAUAUUUUUUUGCGUCAGUACAAUUCAUCUCAAUUGGUCUCUUCAAUUCCAUUUUUAGGCUGUUUUCUCAAGUUUCUCUCAAGGUGAGUUGUGGUCACCUGGUUGACGUUUUUUUUAAACAAAUGUUAGCUCGUAAUCAUUUCCGUCACGCAACUUAUAACUUGAUAAACGGUUUGCCGUGACGCCAGCCUGAUGCUGCUGUCUCAUUCCAUUUCCUAAGUGGUCUGUGUGGCCAAAGACAACUGUGAAAUUGCUACCUUUCAGUUUGACGCCAAGUCGAAACGCUUUAACGUAUUUCAUAGAUGUUUUUUUAGAUCUUGUCCAGUUUUGUUAAUUUACCUUUGAGCCAUCUACGCAUCAAGGUGAGAGUGAUGUGCCGUUAAAAGCAUGACCGCUCGGUUGAGCAUAGUUACUGUCAUUAAGUUUCGGCAGGUUGUGUUUUGAUGUCCUGUUUAACUUCACGUUAGAAUGUCGCUGUUUUGCCUAUGUUGCCGUAGAGACUGCAAAGCGUUGCUUUUCACAUGCGCCAAGUACCAAAAGUUUUUUUCGUUAAAUUUAAUCGAAGAUUUUAAGAUCGAACAUCGUUGUGAAUGCAUACGAGCGUGUUGGCUUGUUCCCCCCUCCCCCUCCGCAUUGCUCUUUUAAAAAAACCUGCUUCAAUUGACGAGUAUUUAAAAACAAGUGAUAAAGAGUGGCUUCGGGUCAGCGUGGUGGUGGUGGUGCUGCUGCUGUGGUGUCGAGUCGCGAUGGCACAGCGAGCGUUGUUGUUCUGGCACAGAUGUUGCAGUAGCUUUCCAAUCUUGGAGCCGUCCCCCCCCCCAUAGGGAGUUCUGUGAGUAUGGACUCGACAAAAGUUAAUCGUCACAAUCAUACUUGUGCAUUUCUAACACCGCCGCCUUAAUGUUUAUGCCGCAUUGUUCGUAACAGUGUGCAUUGAAUCUUGCCGUUAUAGUCUAUGUAGAGUAUCUUUAACAGUUGCAAUUAUCCAGUGACGAAUUGAAUAUCUGUAAUGUAUGAUUCUUAAAAAGUCUUUGCAGUUAUAAUGUGCAAUACAGCUGUUGCCAUUUGAAGUAUUAUUGAAGUGCUGUUGCAGUAUUUUCCAAUUGCGCUGAUUUUAUAUUUCAUGCUUGUCUUAAGUAUGUAAAAUGUUAGAUCUUCAAAGUAAUGUCCAGUUCUUCCGGUUUAAAAUCUCUUGUUAUAGUCUAGAAAAUGCUAACUUUCCACAGCAAAUAUGUUUUAAUAUGCUUACAAUAAUGCAAGUGUUUAUUUUUUAUCAAUGUUAUUUGUAGUGUUUAUUUAAAAAAAUAACUAUUGACAAAUGCCUUGUGCAUAUAUGCCCCCGAAAAGUUCGUAAACGGAAAAAAAAGUACUUGUGAUUAUUUCUUCCUUAACUACUGUGUGCAUUUCAAUGCCUCCUCCUCCUCCUUUCCCAAGCCCUCGUACCUCAGGGGGACCAAUCCCACGUGCCCAUCAAGUUAGUAAUUGUCGUCAGUGCUUGGCAGAUGCAUUGCCUGGUUCUCUUAAGUUUUAAAUGUGCCACUACCCAGCUUUGUGAAUUGUGCCAGUUAUCAAAAUUAUUUGGUAAUUUUACACCAAAAUUGACGGCAGCCUUUCUGGCUGUGACCUGUUCGUGCCUGCGAGUCUUUCAGAUAAUCUUUAAACUUGGCAGUUUAAAAGCAAUGAAUCGUUCGCAUUUGUGCUACUGGAUGGAAAGUCGUAAUGUUUAUUUAGUUCCACAGUGUUUUUGAAACUCCUCGUAGAGCUAGAGCCAAUUUGAAUGUCUUUCAGUUGCGUUAAUAGUUGAUGUAGUGUGUGCAUGUUGAGUUAUGGGUAUUUGGUUGGAUAUUUCACGUUGCGGUAUUUUAAGGUUUUGUCAUACAUGAUGUGUAUACAUGUGUAAUAUAUACAUGUGUGUGCGUGCGCUACCAGUAAGUGCAAGUUUUGACAGAUGCACCAUACCUUUGUACGGACCGAAAGCGAAAUAGUGGCCAGGGCAGCAGCUGGGUAUCAUCUUCAAACGCCCUGUGACUUUGCUUAUCGUGCCUUAGAAUAACGCCGUUUUAACAAGCGAGACCUCGGGCAAAGCCGCACGGGGAAUUUCGCGAUGCGUGUAAGUAACGUAGCUUCAGCGGGGCUCCCCACGUCCCUCCCAGGAGGUGGUCACGGCCAAUUCGGUUUUGUCACCGCCGCACCUCGGCUUGUAAAGGGCAAACCCGCUCUUGGUUUGUGGUCACCACCAUAUCGGGCUUUAUGGCUUCCCCCCCCCCCGCCAUCCCCGUGGUUGACUGGUCUGGGCACCCCUCCAAUGCUUGGUCUCCGAGCUGCCCAUAUAUUUUUUCUAAGUGGAAUGGUGAAUUACAGAGCCAACAGCUCUGACCUGCACCACACACACAAGAGACCCCCUUUGGUUUACAGUGAAGUGUUAGUAUCAUCAUCACCUCGUUUUCUCUCCCAUGCGUUUUCAGGUUUGAGCGGCACUAUCUCCCGACGUUUGUUUUUCUCUGCACACUUGGGAAAGCUCCUCCUCUUGAAAUCGAAUAACUGAUAAGGCUCUCCUCGCGUGCGGAGUGAAAUCUCAAUGCCGAACUCCAAAAAGCAUCUGAUAGCUAUACAGCACAACCUGUGGAAACCUACGCAACAGCAGCAGCAGCAUUGGAGAUUUAACAACAAACAGGUGUACAGCAUUGCAUGUACACAGCUCCAAAGAGAAUUGCUUGUGGCCAUGUCAUUUUCGAUCACCAAGAAUGUGUGGCCAUUCCCAACCGUGCACAGCAGUGACACAGAGCUGUAGACCGGUUUUCAUAGGGACUCGUACGGUAAAGGCGUCGAUGUUUCCUGCUUGCCAUAUAUUUUAUGUAUAUGCCAUUGGGAGCAUCGCACGGAGAGGGCUUUUCUUUACACCAUAGGGGGGGGGCCCAUUACCACUGCCAGAGAAUGAUGUUAGGCACCUGCCUUGGCAGCAUGGUUUGGUGCCUUUCUAGUGAUAUGCUUGUGCAGCAAGGUUGCAGACAGGCUAAUAUAACCAGUUGUGCGGCAGCGUUUUCCUCCAGAAAGGUGCGGUGUAGUUUUAUUGGGGGCGGUGUGGGAUUUUUCUCAGCACACAAAUGAAAAACCUCUAAAAAAAGGGAAUUGGCAACAGCCUCACAAAGUAUUAAGGCGUUUUUGGGCGCCUUUUAAGGGUCCAACUGCAUCACCGAUGACUGCAAAGACAAAGAUCCCCCGUAUAGCCUCAACAGACUGAUGGGGCAAGUGCUGUUGGCGAGGAGCAGCACCUAUGAAGCUUGGCACGGGUACACUGAUGGGUGGGUGCCCAGCAACCACACCCGACCACGUUUGUCUCUCCAGUGGCGAUGUUUACUCCACACCGCAUCAUUUGAGGCCGAGUCUCGACCUCGGGGAGGUCCUGGACCAGUUCAUAUGGUCGCUGGUGUUGGCUAUGAGCGUGAAUCGAACCCAGGUUACCGGUUUAGUAGCACGGUGGGCUAACCGCUACACCACAACCACUUCCCCAUACCAAUUAUUGCAGACGCAAACGCGUGCAUAAAACACAUCUUAAAAAAAAAAACUCGAGCAUGGAAAUUACACGGAGGGGUCCAUGUGACCUGCGUCCACUGGUGGAUCUUUCACUAUCCUGUAGCAAGAGAGCAAAAUCACUUAAGACGAACCAAAAUUCCCACACGGCGACACAAAUUAUCCACCAAGCGAAUGCAAUCCUCGGCAGCGUCACCUUCACUUGCGUAUGGACACUGCGCCCAUUUGGUUGUUGCAAAUGCAGUUCCAGUGAGGUGUACACAGUCUGUUCUAUAACGCCGCGUGUCGCUUUCAGAACGCAAAUUGGAUUUAGACAAUGUGAUGAAUGUAAUUGGAGAACACGGUUUUUGUAACACGGAUGCGAAAUGGAUAUAUAAUGCAAUCCGAGCUAACGGAACUACCUCGCGCAAGUAGAAAUAAGUGGUCGUGCAGCAGAUUUUUCGGGGUAGAAUCAUCGCAGGAGACAUUUGGAUACUGCUGGAUACAUCUAAAUUCUCCCCACCACGUGCCCACAGUCUUUGUUCAGCCUGCGUGCGUAUCUUGCGUGCGUAUCUUGCGUGCUUUACCCCCUAUAUUAUAACAAUAUAUUACCAGUAUUCUUCAGGUAUGUAACCACUACCACCACCACGUUAUAGGAGAACCAAACUGUACUUAUCACGGUUUUUUGGGUUAGAUUGCGUAAGUAUAUGUGUCAUGAACCCGCCACCACCCAACAGCCCAUUAGUAAGGUUUGCCGUGUAAACAAAGUUAACUACAGCCCACCGGUGUGUUGGAGUAAAUCAACAACGUAUAGACCAACAUUUUAACUCGCCGUCUGCUUGGUAAUUAAUUAUCUCCAUGACAGUUCUAAAAAAAGAAAGGUAAGCUCACGAGUGUUCGCGCUGGCGUCAUGGGUACAACUUACCAAUUGUGAAAAAUUUCUUGCAAAUUACUGAAUUAAAAUCUACUUAGCGCCCCCACCCCCUCUCCACCCCCUUCUGGCAGACUAUCCAUCUAUGAACAACGCCUUGAGCUAUAACAAUGGCGCCAAUGCCAAAUGUACUUAAUUAUUUGUGCCGAUUACACUUAAGCGGUGGUUAAUUACAUUUCGCGAAAGAGAAAAAAAACGCAUUUCAUGUCAUGGUUUGGGCCAGAAAAUCCCAAAGCUGAAACGUAUCUACAAAUAACUCUUGUUACACAGCAACCAUCGCUCCCUUACUGCAAAAAAAACCUGGCAGGACCCUCCUGACAAUGAUAUUAACCGUAUUUAUCUUAAAUGUAAUAAGACCUCCACUCGGCUAUUGAAAAUUUUUACACAAAUAAAAUGCAAAGACAAUGAAAUGUCUUUGCAAUUAAAGCCGUGAUAAAAUCGUGAGUCUUGCGCUCCCUCUUAAACACACCGAGCCCCCGCCCCCCCAUAGCAUGCCAGAUCACUGCCGGCAAGGCAUUCCAAAUUUUUUGGUGGAGUGCUUGAGAAGCCCAUUCCCAGCGUCGAGCGCAAGAGCUGAGGCUGGGAGAGUAGUCGGUCCUGCUCUGAAGAGCAGGUCCCUUGCGAGUCGGUCAAGCUUUCCUUGGGUAAACUCGUGGUGAAAUAUCAUUCGCUGGUGGUAAAUGCCCCUUGGAUGAACGUUGGAAGUUCUCUUUCCUGCCGUACGCGAUUCAACCCUUGCACGGUUACUUCAUCGCCUCUUAUAUCUCCCACUCGCCCUCCUCACUGAAGUGUGUUUCUGCAUUGUUUGUGUGAGACCAACAGGACUGUUCCUUUAUUUUUUUGAGUCUGCAGGUCGGCUUGUGGAAGUAUUUGUGUGUAGCGUCAACUGUGUCCUUCCCGCUUCUACACUUGCCAGCACAACAUUUAUUGCCACUUAAAAAAUGACACCAAUUUUGAAAUGCUUAGGAGUCCUUGGGGGUAAAAAAAAAAAAGGUUUUGCCCAGAAACGUUCAUCUCUCAGGUUGGUGGAAAACAUACAAAUAUUUCGAGAUAACUGAAGUUAAAAUUAUUUAAAUGCAUGAACACAUUUUAAAACAAGUCGUGCAACACUUUUGCGUUUACGUUAUUUUAUCCAAAAUUGCUAAAAGUAUGAGUCGUAUACACGAUGGCAUGUUAACAAAAAUGCUGAGUGAAAAUUUUUUGUUUGAUAUUGAUCACUGAAUUUCAAUUUAUAAAGUUGCAUUAGAAGUGAAUAUGCAGAACCGCACAUACAUAUGGACAGUGUUAGGAAGUCUUUUUGCGAUUUAAUUUACUCGUAGCUUUACCAGUUAUUGAACACGUUGGCUAAAGUUGAAUGUUUCGAGUCUUAAAUGCAAUAAUUAAAAUGCUUAAAUGAACUAACUGCCUAGGACAUGAAAUCAUUCUCCUUUGUAUGUCUGUCCAUGUGUGAAAUCAAUAAAUUGGGGACUGACGAUUA